AUGAAAAUUUUCAACUGCGACUGCACAAACUUGAUGGGGCAGGGUCAGAGUCAAGUGGGCAGUGAGAAAAAAUUGGUAUCAAACAACGGAGAUGAGCUUGAUAAGCCAUCAUAUGAAACUGUAUACGGGUGGUCACAAUCCUUUGAUAAUCUAAUGAGAAAUAAAUUAGGUCAAAAGUAUUUUGCUGAAUUUCUCAAAGGGGAGUACUCUGAUGAGAACAUUCUCUUCUGGCAAGCAUGCGAAGAACUGAAGAGGGAGAAAAACGCAGAAAAAAUUGAAGAAAAGGCUCGAAUUAUUUAUGAGGAUUUUAUAUCAAUAUUAUCGCCCAAAGAAGUCUCAUUGGAUUCACGAGUUAGAGAAAUUGUGAAUAAUAAUAUGCAACGACCAUCUGCUAGUACCUUUGAUGAAGCUCAAAAUCAGAUCUUCACCCUCAUGCAGCGUGAUUCCUAUCCACGAUUUUUGGCAUCCCCGAUGUACAAGAACAUGGUUGGGAACCACGGUGUAUUAGAAGAAGUAUAA